AUGGGCAAGGAUAACAAGGCCACUGGCUCGGAGAAUGCAGACGGGGCUCUGCCCCCGCUCUCUGCAAGCGAUUUUCGAACAUAUAACCGUCUGGCCGACCGAAUGGAUGGUUUCCACAAUCACUUUCGCAUGACAUGGAAUCAACUCUGCGAUGCUUGCGAUUCUUCUGCGAAGCGGCCGGGUGGACUUUCGGCACGUCAAAUGAUCAUGAUGGGCCUCCAGUUUUGCUCUCAGCUGGAUUUCCAUCACUCAAUCGAGGAACAGCACAUCUUCCCCGUUCUUGCGAAGAAAAUGCCCGAGUUCCGGAAGGAGCUUGAACUUUUGAAGCAGCACAAACAGAUUCACGCUGGGUUGGAAAAGUUAGAGUCCUAUCUCGAGAAAUGCCGUUCUGGGGAGGAGGAUAUGCGUCGCGAAGAGGUUAAGCGCCUGAUGGAAGCCUUUGGGGCAGUCUUGUGGAAGCAUUUGGAUGAGGAAGUCCAAACGCUUAAAGCUGACAACAUGCGCAAGUAUUGGUCACUGGAUGAGGUGCGAAGACUCCCAAUGUAG